CGGCCUCAGCGCUGACCGACAUGAAUGUCGCAACGCAGCAUGGAGGUAGUAAUUCAUAGAGUCGUAACACUCGAGCGCUUCAUCUCACUCAUUCCGUUACCUUCACCAGCCUCGACGCUGAGGUGUUGUAUUCUUGCUCUCUUCUCUUUGAUUACCCCUGGAAUUACGCGGGAUCGCCCAGGAAGGAACCUGAGGUAACUUGCUUUAAUAUACCAUUCGCAGUAACAAUAUGUCUGCACAAGCGUCCACGUCCACGGCCAAGACUGCCACGCCUACUGACGAUGAGGUUGAGAGGCUCCUCAGUCGAGAGGCCACUGCAUUUCAACGGGAAGUGGAGGUCGAGAGGAUUCUAAAAGCUUUCAAGCUCAAUCCGUACGAGAUCCUUGACUUGCCAGAUACCGCUACGGCAGAGGAGAUCAAGAAGAAGUACAGGCAGCUCUCACUCUUCAUCCAUCCUGACAAGACAUCCCAUGCUCGUGCUCCAGAUGCUUUCGACCUCUUAAAGAAGGCGGAGUCUGAGCUGUCGGAUAAGAACAAACGUGAAGAACUGGACGCGGUCAUCAGACAAGCUCGAGUAGUUCUGUUAAAGUCCCAGAACUUGCCUUCGACGCUCCAAGACGAUGAUCCUAAGCUUCAAGAACUGAUACCACCUUGGAAGGAGCAACUGCGCGCAAAGUCGAAAGAAAUGCUCAUCGACGAGGAAGUUCGGAGACGGAAAGCCGUCAAGAUGAAUCUAGCUAAUGAGGGCCUCGAGGCAAGGAAGAAGGAGGAAGAGCAACUCGCGAAGAAACGCAAAGCAGAAGAAGAAGUGAACUGGGAGGAAAACCGCGAACAACGUGUUGGUAGUUGGCGGUCAUUCGCAAGUGGUGGCAAAAAGAAAAAGAAGGCAAAGGUCGCUAUACUUGGGUGAAGGAUUGACGCACUUAGUCAAGAUACCGUUAUAGGUGAACCAACAUUCGACAUGCCGUUUUCCUUCUACCUGACUUGCUUUCCUGUCCAGAAGUUUGUGCAAUGUAUUUUGUCGUGUAUUUUUGCUGUUUAUUCGUACGUAUAAAUAUUAGACGAAUCGCAAGGUUCCUCCGUGUGAACGUAUUGACACAGGGAAGGGACAUUGCAAAGUUGGACGUU